AUGUCUGAAAACGUCUUAAGAAGACAAUGCUGUAAAACCAUUGAACUUGGGAUCUUGCCAUUCAGUAUGUCUGCAAAAACUGGAACAGUGUUGGCAACAACAAACGCAAAGACCCAAUCGAAGGAUCGGCUAAAGAACCAUGACCUGUCAGAGGCAAUCCCUCUCUCUGUUGAGGCUCAGCCCAUCUCAAGAAUACUGGAAAUUCGCAUCAGUCAAGUUGAGAUUGCAGUAACUCUGCCUGCUAUCCUUCGCUUCAACAGCGCUUCUAGAGUUGUGGACAAGAAGUUGAUAAGUGUACUUCAAAAGCAUCAACUGUUAGCUGAAAGACUGAAGAGAGAGACACUAGACGGUCUCGAGAAGGAGGCAGAGGGAGAAGAUGGAGAAGAAAGGAAGAGAGCAAAGACACGGCUUGAGAGGGACAUCAAGAACUCUGUCAGGGAUCUGCUCAGGCUUCUACAGUCGCAUCCAGACGCCAUUUCUGGUUUGAGGGCAGAGCGAGGUGUGGAAGCGGGGGAGAGUGAGUGUAAACUAAUCAGGGGGCUUAAGAUGUUUCACAGCCAAAUGGUCGACAAGUUGCUGACCAGUGUGCAUGAGGAGCUACAGCUGGUCCUCUACAAGCCGUCGUCUUCAUCCCCUGCCCACAGUCUGGUGCACAAGGCUCCAGUGGAGGAAGAGGUAGCUGCAGCCUUAAAGUCAAUAGAUGCAAAGAUUUCUCAGAAAAAUGAGGAGAUCAAAAAUGUGCAGCAAUCUCUGGACAACACAAUAACAGCAGCACAAAAAGUGUUUAUUUCACCCACAUACAAGGAGUGUCAGCCACAUAUAUCAGAGAAACAAGCCAGUAUGCAGCAGGAAGUUAAUCAACUGAACAAUCAGCUCAACAGUUUGCUCCUUGAAUACAAACAGGCAGAGAGAGCACUCCAAGAGAAAAACGAAAUUCUGGAGACAGAAAUCGAGUAUUUGCUCGAACAGUUUGACAGUGACAUGGCAGAAAAGCAGGCCGACCUGGAGCUGAAUGAAAUUGACUGUGAAAGGUUGGAGGAGGAGGAGAGGAAGCUGAAGGAACCCUACUCUAUCCUAGAAAUAGAGUACGACCAGAUCCAGGAGAGGCGUCGGCUGGCAGAGGAGAAGAGACAGGAGGAGAUGAAGGAGCUGGAGCUGAAGACCAAAGCUGCGAUUUUCGCCCAAGCGUGGUGGAGAGGCUACAGCACCCGCAGGGACUUGAAGAACAAGGGGAAAAAAAAGAAGGGCAAAAAAGACAAAGGCAAAAAAGGCAAAGCCAAAAAGAAAUGAUCCACUGACUAGUUUCAUCACCGACACACACUCUGCCUGAAGGGCAUGAAUGUAUUGGAUGCUUUAUUUUGAAAAAGUACACCCCAGAUUCAGUGAACUUGUCAUUUGUAAGUUAAAGACAGGACUCGUUCAGUGGGUGCAGUUGCUGUUUUCUGUCAUGGCCACAUGGGGACAGUACAGACUCUACUAUUCUAAAUCAUCAAUUACCUACAUUCAGAUACAUUCCUUUGUAAAUAGCAGGAGCAAGAGACUGAACCACCAACAGUAUAAGUUAUUUGAUAAUGAAACUAGAUACACAGUAU